CCUGGAAACCCGAUCAGGGUCGCUAUAGUGCAAUGUGGGUGCGGUAUAGCAUGAAAAUGUUCAAGCAUCCCAUGCUACCAGAGAACUUGCUAACUGCAGGAUGGGUGAAGCAAACCCACCAAGCGGCUUCGUGGGAGGAAGAUGAGGCUGCCUGCUCCCGUAAAGGUUUACACUCCCAGAAGCCCUUAAGCAGGAUGACCCGGCAUGGCAAGAACUGCACGGCGGGUGCCGUCUACACCUACCAUGAGAAGAAGAAGGACACAGCGGCCUCAGGCUAUGGGACCCAGAACAUCCGACUGAGCCGGGAUGCCGUGAAGGACUUUGACUGCUGUUGCCUGUCCCUGCAGCCCUGCCACGACCCUGUUGUCACCCCGGACGGCUACCUGUACGAACGCGAAGCCAUCCUGGAAUACAUCCUGCACCAGAAGAAGGAGCUUGCUCGGCAGAUGAAGGCCUACGAGAAGCAGCGGGGCGCGCAGCAGGAGGAGCGGAAGGAGCUGCAGCGGGCAGCGGCACAGGACCAGGUGCGCGGCUUCCUGGAGAAGGAGGCCGCCAUCGUCAGCAGGCCCCUCAACCCCUUCACACCCAAGGUGGCCUCCGGCCUCGGCCCAGAUGAGGCCCAGCCCGGCCCGAGCGCGGGCGCUGCGAGCAAGGACAAGGACAAGGACAAGGCGCUGCCCAGCUUCUGGAUCCCGUCCCUGACCCCCGAGGCCAAGGCCACCAAGCUGGAGAGACCGUCGCGCAAGGUGACCUGCCCCAUGUCCGGGAGGCCGCUGCGCAUGUCCGACCUGACGCCCGUGCGCUUCACGCCGCUGGACAGCUCCGUGGACCGCGUGGGGCUCAUCACGCGCAGCGAGCGCUACGUGUGCGCCGUGACCCGGGACAGUCUGAGCAACGCCACGCCCUGCGCCGUGCUGCGGCCCUCGGGGGCAGUGGUCACCCUCGAGUGCGUGGAGAAGCUGAUUCGCAAGGACAUGGUGGACCCGGUGAACGGGGAGAAACUCACGGACCGCGACAUCAUCACGCUGCAGCGGGGCGGCACGGGCUUCGCGGGCUCCGGAGUGAAGCUGCAGGCCGAGAAGUCGCGGCCGGUGAUGCAGGCCUAGGGCCCGCGGGUCACCAAUAAAGGCGCAUGGCCUCGGCCCACGUGUGGCGCCUUCUUCAGCCGCAGACACCCCCGGGCCACCCCGCGGGCAGGCUAGCCACGCGCCCCCGGGCCGCGCACGACCCAGUUCCUUGUUCCAAAGAGCUGGCAAAUCCGCGAACAGAGGUCUUGCGAGAUCACCAGCCUGGUUUGAAGCCCUGCGUUUAAAUUUGGCAACGGGCACCCGAGGGCGCCGCUCUAACAGCUUAACCGGCUGCCCCGCCCUCCCGAGUCAGCGUGCGCCGCCCCCAGUUAUGGGGGGGUGGGGGAACCAGUGCCUGUCCCAGGGGGAUGUCAUGAGACGCCCACGGGUCGUCAGGAUCAUGCCUCCCACACCCGCGACUGCUAGAGCAGAGGUGCUCUAACUUCUCUGGCCCACCGCCCCCCCUUUUCAGAGAUAAUAUUUACUUAGCACCCCAUGGCAAUAAAAGAAAAUUUGUACUAUA